CCACGGACUCCUCUCUCUGCCUCUCUCCCAUCGACCUGAACAAAGCGAUAAGGAUGGCGCCCAAUCGAAGGCUGGGCGUCGCGCUUGCUUGUGCGUGUAGCGCUGGCGUGGCGCUUGGAUUCGUUCCGAACGUGGGAAAUGCUGCUGUGCGACCGAGACGGGGGGGCGUUGAAGGUGGUUGCACCUCGAUCAUCGGCAUCGGCGGCGCUAACCACUACGGCUCCUUCGCCGGAGCACCUGUCCUCCAAGGUAGACCUGCGGCUGGUCUGAGGAGAGUCGGGCGGCGAGGACGGCACGGUAGAAGGAGCACCGUACAGAUGGUCGGAUUCGAUAACACCUUUUUCGGUGUAGGAGGGCCCGAAGUUGUGGUCGUAUUGGUGGUUGGGUACUUCGUGCUUGGCCCGGUAGAGCUGGUAAAGCUCGUCAAGCAGGCGGGGGUCUUGGUUGGGCAGCUGAGAGACGUCGGCCUGGGCACGGUCAACAACCUCACAACGAUCGUGGAUGAUCAGAUUCAGAAUGCGGAGCAAAUCGCGUCUGGGGAGAAGAAGCCUCCGGACUACUUUGCCCCCGAAGAAGAGUUCCCUAUGAGCGACGAGGACGAGUUUGAGGAUGUCACGAUCGACGAGUACGGGCGGAUGGUGUACGAGGGACAGCCAGAGAAGCCGCCGCCGAUCAAAGACGAGGACAGGGCUCCGUUCUGGGAAGGGUUGGGGGACAAAAUCAGCGACAAGCUGAGCGAGUUUGAGAAGGAAGAGGGACCACUGAAAGAGGCAAGCAAGUUCGCCCAGCAGCUUAGCGGUGCCGUGAACGAGAAGGUGAUGGGGAUCGAUAGGGAAUCCGCUCCGAUUGACAGCAGCACUUCGGACGUUGGGGAGGGAGCAGUGUGGGAGGGCCCGCCAGAGGUCGUAGCUGGAGCUGGGGCGGGAGGUGCAGCCGGGGUCGGCAUGGCGAACGGAUGGAAGCCGCCCACGAGCGAGCUUGGCAUGGAGAAGACAGUGGAGUUGGCCAAUGAUGUGCCCAGCGAGCUGGACGCACCGAGUGUCAGCAGUGCCACAAGCGAGCUCAGCAUCGACGAGCAGUUCGAACGGCUGGACACGAUCGCCGCUUUGGAGGAGGAGCGAGCAUCGAUGAUGCAACGCCUAGAGGCGAAGAUCGAAGCCAAGAUCGGCAACAUCAAGAACGAGUUGCUGGAGCUGGUGGAUGAGGACUUCAAAGAAAAGAGGACCAAGAUUGACGAACAGUUUGCAGCCCGGGCUGAAGCUAAGGCAGCGGCAGCAGCAGCUGCCGCUGCUGCGACUGCAGCUGAGAUGAAGGCCAAGCAGGAGGCGGCUAAGAGUGCCGAGGCGAAGGAGAAGGAGAAGGAAGAGGCCGCCGAAACGACCCCCGCGACAGCAGCCCCGAGCCCGAACGCAACCCCAUCGGAGAGAUCAACAGCGGCCGCCGGUAUCAAGAUGGAAGAGAAAUGAUGGGCAAACAGGGAGAGACGAUAGCGGUAAAAUAAUUCCACCUUGGCACCAGCAGGGGUUUGACGGGUGACACGUCUAUCGCACCUAACGCACGGCGGUAGUACAGCGGUGACAGCGGGCGGAGACCGUUGCAACAGGAUGUCUCCUUGGACGAAGUUUUUCCAACAAGAUUUUUGAAGCUAGAGCAGAGAGACAAACCUGCUGGGGUACUCGUGCAGGGGUGCUGGAUGCGCCUAGCUGGACACGUCCGUGAUUGCACGUUUAGGUUGGAUUGUGGUUGGUGCUGAUGCCCAGGGCACCGGUCAACUGCUGCCACCCAGAGAGCACACACCUAAUUCUUCCUGACUGGCAACGUUAACAACCUUUCACAAACAAUCAUCUGUCAGCUUCCUUGGGGGGUAUCUAUGUAACAUGUGAAAGUGGCGCAGUAGUUAAAAGAUAUUUUGAGUGUUGCGACAAUGCGCCGGGGGGGACACGGCCAAACGCACGUGCGCCGAAGUCCCUCAAACGGCUUUGUUAAAUGAGUUUCUGUUUUCAUGAUUGGAUUUGCAUGACGGCUUAAACUUUCUCCGAACCACAAUUGAACAGCAAGGCGACUACUGCAUAAGGGAGAUUUGAGGCCUGCAGGGGGGUAGGGGGGGGGUCAGGUCCUGCCUGUGGGGCACCGGGCGGGAGUUACCAAGACGUUAGAGUGGUAGAGGGGUAGACACGGGAAGGAGGGCUGUUGCUAUUGUUGCUAGGGGCGGGGCUGUUGGAAAUGAUGGGUCGCGUAUAAGGUUGCGGCUGAGGAAUCGGGCUUUUGUGACGAUUUGAACCGGUGAGUUGGUAUGACCGAUUGUCGUCGUCGCGGAUGCUCAGUCAGCGCACAAGUACCUUUUCGACUGAAUAACGACUCCAUUUCCACGAGCACACACGUAUUUGGCAUGCCGACACAUUGAGCGUUUGCUAGCAUUAAAGAUGGAGCAGUCGGUACUUGUUUGUUGAACAGCAUGG